UGUGCAUUUCAGCCCGGGGAUCGCCUCGCAUUCCACCCAUUUCCGCGCGUAGCACCGCGUCCUCCGCAGAUCGCCGCCGCACCCACCCACCGCUGCUCGCGACACCGAUCGCACUCGCAGCUCACCGCGUCGCCAUGCCGCCCGCCGCCCCUCCUCGCCCCGCCUCGCCCGCCGCCGCCACGGCCGUCGCGAGCGUGACGCCGCACCGGGUGGCCCUCGCGCUGCUGCUGCGCCUCCUCGCGGGCCCGCCGCCCCCCGCCGUGCCCGCGCUGCCCGACCAUCCCCACGCGCACGAUGCUCGCGCGCAGGCCCCGCUGCCCCGCCGCGUGCGGCAGCGACUGGCGCUCUUCCUGCUGCGCGAGGCCAAGGCAGCACACUCGUGGCACGAGCCCCCUCUGAGCGCGCUGCUGCUGCGAUUGGCGGCUGACGUGGCGGCGGGAGAGGGGGGUGCGGAGGAGGGGAAAGGCGAGGGCGAGGGGGCGAGCGGGGGGGUGGGGCGGCAGCUGGUGCGGCAGCUGCAGGCGCUGCAGUCGCCCGAUGACCUCUUCUCCCUCGCCGCCUCCCUGCGCUCGUGUGUGGGUGGCAGCAGCGGCCCCUCGUCCCAGCAGGCAGGCGUGCCGGUGGCCGCUGGCAGUGCGCUCGGCCUCUUCCUGCGCUCGCUGCUGCUCGCCCUGCACCACCUGCCCUUCCAGGGCGUGUGCCAUGUGCUGGGCGCCAUCCACGGCUACCUGCACCAGUGGGCGGGCCGCAGGGGCAUGCAGGCACACAGCCGGGAGAUGGGGAGCGAGGCAGCAGAGGGGGAUUCAGAGUGGAGGGAGGAAGGGGAGGAGGUGUGGCGGGAUGGCGGGGAGGCCAUGGAGGUGGACUGGGAGGGCGACAGCCACUGCAUGCUCGCAUCACCGGGUGCUUCCUCGCGGCCGCUGUCGUUCGACACCAUCACGCAUCGCAGCAGGGGGCCCCAGGGGAGCGCGCAGAGGCAACAAGCCAGACGGGUGGGCGGCAGGGCCGCAGCAGAGGGGGCGGCUUGGCUCAGCGGGGGGAGGAGGGAGGGGGAUGAUGCAGUGCAGGCGGACGGGAGAGAUGGGGGCGUGUGGGGGGGAGGAGGAGGAAGGAGGAGCAGUGGAGGGAUGGUGGGGGUGGAGGCAGAGGCAGGGGAAGAGGGGCGGGAGAGUGAGGAGGGGCGAGGGGGAGGAGGCGGCACGCAGAAGCGGUAUCUUCGGGAGGCGGGGCGCCUGGCGGAGUACCUGGAUGCGCGCAUGGAGGCGGCCACCAGGCUGGGCGCAGCAGCAGCAAGCCCGAGGACCAGUGAAGGGGGCAUGCUGGCGCCAUGGGUGGUGCGCUGCCAGACGACGUGAGCGCCAUGGCGUAUGCGCACGACCUGCCGCCCAA